AUGGGCAAGUAUGGGCAAAGGCGGAACGGAUGCAUGGAUGGGGAGUCGAGGACGAAACAUCCAGAUCAUGACUCCUCGCAAACAAAAAUAGAGAAAUUCCUCCGCUUAUGCACGUCAAAAGUGGGUGGUGAUCCUGGGCUCGACCUUCGAAGCCUUGACGCAAACUCGGGAUGUGCCAUGAGGGGAGGGGGGGGAUGGAGUCAAGAAAGGGGGAAGGAUUGGACGACGAAGAGGAAAGAUUUGCGCCCAGGCUUGACUGAUGCUGGUUUGAACGGGAAGACGGAGACUGCGCAUUUGCAAGAGACUGUCAGUGAGAACCUCGGUUCGGCAAUCGACUGGGCGACUGGUCGUCUCUUGAGCUGGAGAGAAGAGAAGAGAUACUUUUUAAUUAUGGGAGCCGAUUGGAUUCUGCGCGAGGAAUGCAAGGAGCAGCAGGAUCAUUGCAGGACCUGCUUGAUCCCAUUCGACGCACAGGAGCAGCAAAGGCGGAGGCGAAAUUUUUCCUCAUUAAUCGUUAAUGUAACUAAGAUGCUGCUGUUACGAAAUGGGUCGAGGGAGCUCCAGGUGAAGUUGCACGCCAUCGACGCAUCCCCCACUGACUCUCGGUACAAGGGUGGAGAGGCAGCGGCGGGAAGAGACAGGGUGCUAUCUGGGGAAGACGGCCAACAUCCGUGGAAGCUGAAGGCGGGUGUGGACUGGGGCGGACAAGCCCGACGAGCUUCUGCCUUCGGGAACUAG